AUGAACUACUCCACGUUGCAACACAUUCUGAUAGUUAUACCUUUCCUGUUGUUUCUCAUGGAUAUCUGUGAGUCCAGGCCUUGGUGGCCAUCAAACGGAGCUGGCUAUGAUGCCAGUUUGGAUCCCGUGGCCUGGUCAAGACCUUUUGCCCCCGAACAAGUGAGAAAAACGAGAUAUAAUGUCAUCGCAGAACCCAGAAGCAAGCAUCGCCAUCGGCAAUCAUCGAAACUUUGGUACCAAAAGCCCGUGACUUCGUAUCCGCAACACUUUGUGAAUGCAAAAUACUACAAGAGAUUCCUGAGAAGACGACAAAAACUGGCAGCACGUGAGAGAUACGCACACUGGAGUCCAUAGUCCCAUAUCAUCCAUAACCAUUAGACCAGCAACUUGGU